UUCUCUCUCUCUCUCGCUCGCACUGCUCCACCACCACCACCACAAACAUCCAUCCAUCCAUCCACACCUCACACACCAUGGCCGCCUCCGACGACCCCGCCGCCCGCCUCGCCGACCUCCUCACCAAGGCGAACCUGCAGUACGAGCUAAAAAACUACACCGCCGCCGCCGACAUCUACUCCGAGGCCGCCGAGGCGCAAUCGGAGCUGCGCGGCGAAAUGGCGCCCGAGAACGCCGACCUGCUGUACCUGUACGGGCGCUGCCUGUACAAAGUCGCCAUCGCCAAGAGCGACGUGCUGGGCGGGCGCGUCGCGGGCGAGGAAAAGAAGCAGAAGAAGGGGAAGAGGGGCGGGGAGAGCAAAAAGGCCAAAGGCGCUGAGGAAGGCGACGCGAGAGAAAAGAAGCCCAAGGAGGAGGAGGGCAACAAGGCUGCUGCCCCCUCCGUCGACUCCAAGCCCUACUUCCAAAUCAUCGGCGACGAGAACUGGGACACCGAGUCCGACGAAUCCGGCUCCGACGGGGAAGGCGCAGCCUCCGGCGACGAGGAUGAAGACGACAACGAUGACGACGACCUCGGCACCGCCUACGAGAUCCUCGACCUCGCGCGCGUGCUGCUCACCAAGCAACUGGACGACGCGCGCGCAGCCACCGCAUCCGCAACCACCGCAUCCCCCACCAGCAACGACAAAGGCAAAGGCAAAGCGCGCGCCAGCACGCCCCCCACCAACCCCACAGAGCGCAAGCUCUCGGAACGCCUCGCCGACACGCACGACCUGCAAGCCGAAAUCAACCUCGAGAACGAGCGCUUCAGCGACAGCGUCUCCGACUUCCGCGCCGCACUAACCCUCAAACAAUCCCUCUACCCGCGCGAGUCCGCCCUCGUCGCCGAAGCGCACUUCAAGCUGUCGCUCGCGCUCGAAUUCGCAUCCAUGACGCGCGUGCGCGAAGCCCAGGCGCGGGCCGAGGCGGGCGAGAAGGUGGACCCGGCUGACGCGGCCGCGGCGGUGGAUGAGGAGGCGAGAGCGGAGGCGGUCACGCACAUGGAGAGCGCGAUUGAGAGCUGUCGCGCGCGGAUUGCGGUGGAGGAGGAGGCGUUGGCGGGGCUAAAGGGGGAGAGGGCGGAGGAGGCGAGGCGCCAGAUUGAGGACGUGAGGGACAUGACGGAGGAUAUGGAGGGACGGGUACGUGUUUUAUUUUCUUAUCCCCCUUCCUUCUUUCAUCUCACCCACCCCCAAAACACGCAAAACUAACAACAACACACAGCUCGCGGACCUGCGCGCCCCCGCCGUAACCACCACAAACCCAACAGCAGACGCAGCAGCAACGAACCCCCUCCUCUCAGGCCUGCUCGCAGACGUGCUGGGCGGCGCAGCCGGAGGUGCAGGUGCAGGCGCAGUGUCCGAAGCGGAACAGCGCGCCAAGAUCCAGGCCGCAAGCGACAUCAGCGGGCUCGUGAAGCGGCGGAAACCUGCUUCUUCUGCUUCCG